UGCUUGCGAUCAGUCGGAGAGUAUGUGCGCUGCAUAGAGGAUGAGCGGUCAGCGCUGCUGGGAAGCAGGUGAGUGUGGCUUUACCAGGCACAUUGGUGGGCGAGUCUCUGCGUGCAAAAGGCGGAGCUCAAUUGAUGGCUCCUGUAGAGCAGCGCUGAACCCACAGAUGCCUCGUUGCGAUUUAAAGUUCCUGCUUCUGUUGGGAGAACUGGCCUGUCUGCAACAGGCGGCUGGACAGAAACAGACAGUGGGAGCUGCUAUACAAGUCAAGCAUUGCCCAACUGAGGACAGGGGAGAGCUGCUCAUAAUUGGGAGCGGAGAAAGGGCAGGGGACGAUGUGUUCAUUUGUGACCUGGCAGUUUGGAGCUGACUGCCUGUUGGGGGAUCUUUUCCCUGGGAAGCUGCUCUUUGCCUGGAGGGUGGGAGCGUAGGAGGCGCUGAGAUCUAAUCCGUAGAAUUUAGUCUCCCAUCCAGAUCCCAUUGCAGCCAAUACUUCUAAUUUCUCUGGGGUCGGUUUCUUCGCAGCGGCUGUUUCUCGCGGCGGCUCCAUGCACGAUUUUGGCUGAAACCAUGUCUGCUGGUCUGGGACUGGCGAUCAGCGAUGGCCCGGUGCUGGCCCGGUACUAUCCUGUUCUCUUCUAAGGCUCCACGGAAACUUGUGUUCCUUUUCACCUUGUCCCUCUCUGUCACUUACCUCUUCUACAGCCUCCUCAACUGCUACAGCUCCUUACAGUUCCCGCUGCAGGACGCCAGCGACUUCUUGCAACCAGAAGCUGCAAUCAGCCCUACGGGCACCAUCCGUUCCGCCUCCCUCAAGCCCGACACUAUCAGUCGCUCUGUCCCUUCUCAACCUGCACCCAGGAGCAGCCAACCAUCCCCUGGCAGGACAGCACAAGGGAAGAGUGCGAGCAGGAACAGGAGCAGUGGGAGCAGGAGCAGCAGCAGGAGGGCUCCCCAGAUUAACACAAGCAGGACAAAUAACAGCACUAAGCAGCUGUCCCCUGAGCAGCCUGGUAGGAUUGGUGUCAGUAGCACAAAGGAGAGACAGAGAUCGCUUUUAGAAAGUAAUUUGGAAAUCAGCACUGCUGGAGCCACCAGCUCUCAGUCCAUAAAUGUGAAGUCCCCUCACGUACCCCCUGCUACACCAACAGACAACCCCAGCGCCUCUUCUUUACAAUCUCACCCAGGUUUCCACAGUGCCAACUCCAACUGGGACCCCCUUUCCGGAUUUCCCUCAAAUCUGAGCGCUGGAGAUUCCGAUGCCGACAUUCCAGUUACUGUAAAAGUCGUCGCAGAGGAGCGCUCGGUGCAAUCAGGCGCUGGAAAUCGCCUUCGCUCCUCAGUAGAGAAAUCCAGCACCUCUGACAGGAUCCCUGUGAACUCUGAGAAAUCCAGCACCCUGGACAGCGACCCUAUUCACGCUGCACGAAUUGAGAUCAGCACCGUGGACAGCGACCCUAUUCAUUCUGCAGGGGAGAAAGUCAGCAGGGCAGACGGUGCAGCGGAGAAACGCGCGACUUUUAUUUUCCUCGCACAGACAACCAGCACUUCGGAGAGUGUCACCGAUCAGCUGGAAAUCAGUGGGAUCCCCUCUCACCCCCCAGCGCAGGAUUUAGAGACGUUGAAAGCCGGGUCUCAUCUCAGGAGUAGCAUCUCAGGCCAAAAAAGUAGCAUUCUGGAUGGAGACCUUAUACCCAAAAAGCCAACGAAAGUCAACAUUUCAGGUAAGGGCCCUCUAUACCCCAUUGGAACAGAAACAUCCUCAGAAGGGAAUCACACCAUUCCUACCCCUCAAACAUCAGGCACAUGGGAUAGAAUUACAAAUUCAUCCAGGAGAACCAGCUACGACUUCACUGUCCAAUCCAGGGCUUUCCCUGCUGGUUCAUUUGAUACAAAAUUACUGAAUUCUGUAUCCAGUACUUCUUCAGUCUUAUUGAGUCCAAGCGCAGUGCGAAACACUUCUGGGUACAAUCCAUUUCCCAGAGAGUCUGGCAAACCCGAAAGUGCCCCAUUGCCCAUUACAGAGACAAUAUAUGACAAAGCUUCACACUACAAACAAAAGGAUUCCACUGAAACUUGGGAAACAGCAUCUAGUUCAGCGGAGACCUUAAUAUCCCCUGAUCUUGAGGGGGAUGAGGCUUACAAGUCCAUGCGAAGUCUUUCCUACUGGGACAGAACUCCAUUGGCAGCUACAGAAAUGAUCCCCGAAUCUCACACUGGGGCUUUGGAGAAGGACACUCAGGAAUCCAGCACAGCAGAGGAAGAACUCAACCGCAGAUUCCCCGUCAAUUGCACCCCUGAGUAUGGGGAGAAGAAAUUGCCCCAAGCAAUCAUUAUAGGGGUGAAAAAAGGGGGCACCCGGGCUUUACUUGAAGCUCUCCGAGCUCAUCCAGACGUCAGGGCAGUAGGGGUCGAGCCCCAUUUCUUUGAUAGGAACUAUGAGAAAGGAUUGGAGUGGUAUCGAGAUUUGAUGCCACGGACAAUAGAUGGACAAAUAACAAUGGAAAAAACUCCAAGCUACUUUGUUACUAAUGAGGCACCACAGCGCAUCCACUCCAUGGCCAAAGACACAAAACUGAUCGUCGUGGUUAGAAAUCCGGUUACACGUGCCAUAUCUGACUACACACAAACGCUAUCUAAGAAACCAGAGAUUCCAACCUUUGAGGUCCUUGCCUUCAAAAACAGGACCUUGGGACUCAUUGAUGCAUCUUGGAGUGCUCUAAGGAUUGGAAUAUAUGCCCUGCACCUGGAAAGCUGGAUGCAGUACUUUCCUCUUUCCCAAAUUCUUUUUGUCAGUGGAGAACGUCUCAUCAGCAACCCAGCCGAGGAGCUGGCGAAAGUGCAAGAUUUCUUGGGUCUUAGAAGAAUUAUAACAGAAAAAUAUUUCUAUUUCAAUAAAACCAAAGGCUUCCCUUGUUUGAAGAAGCCUGAGGAUACAGGUGCUCCUAGGUGCCUGGGGAAGUCUAAAGGUCGAACUCAUCCUAAAAUUGACCCAGAUGUCAUUCAGCGCCUAAGGAAGUUUUACAAACCUUUCAAUUCUAUGUUUUACCAAAUGACAGGGGAGGAUUUUCAGUGGGAGAAGGAUGAGCUUGAAAGCUGGACCAGUGGAUAA